AUGCCUAUGGACUAUUACUCCUCGCAACUGAAGGCUUCACCGUGUCUGGAGAAUCUACCAGUGGAUAUCUUGAUCCAAAUACAAAAACAUCUUGACGGAAGAGAUCUCAUCGUGCUGAGAAAGUCCUGCAAAAAGUUGCAUGCGGUCACUCAACGACGUACCGUGUGGCUCAAUGCGGUCAGACGUAUGUGUAGACGACAUGGGGUGUUCGCACCAUCGUUCCCACUGGAAGAUAUGUCCAUCACAGAACUAGAACAUGCAUCGCUGUGUCCCUCACGACUAUCGUCCCUCAUCCACAACGAUAUUCCUUUGCGUUCUUUCGUCACGCGAAUCCUUGAACCCCGUACACCGACCGAUUCUGAAGGGGAUUUGUGCUGCUCAAGUGUUUUUCUCAUUCCUGGAGGUCGAUUCUUAGUUGUCGACUCUGCCCAUGGCAUAUGUCUAUGGGAUCUGGGUAUACAUGGUGGGAAGGCACCAAAGUUUAGGCCAGUAGCUGUCAUUCCAGACGUGAUGCUGCUGUGCUGUGGCCCAACUCAAGAUGGUCUUGGAAUCAUACUUAUUUCACGUCGUACCCGGCAUAGAAAUCCUAACCGAACACUUCGCGCCCACGAAAUCUAUCCUUGCAUGAACCGUCCGCACUUGACACUUCUAGGAUCUAUUCAAUAUGCUCAGCAAGCUACUCAUGUCGGCGGAAGACCCGCCUUGUAUAGCGACCUUUUAGUUUUCGAAAACUCUCCAGGCUACAUUGUCGCUUGGAACACAAGGCUUGAUACAGCAAUUGCAUGGAGAUAUGAUCAUCAAUACAUAUAUGACAUGUCAAUCUAUGAGGGCAGUGUCAUCCUAAUCCAAGAGUCCGAGUUGUCUGUUUGGGAUAUACCUCCUUUGCAGCCACUUUUAGAAGGUGUGUGUGAAGUCGUUGACCAAACCCCUCGAUAUGCCAUCGUCCACUCUUUCCCGUCACAUGAAGAGUUGAUGGGAUCAUGCGUUUUGAGUCCUUUCUCAAGCAUUGAUCCUCUCAUCUCCUUUGUUAUGUUGGGAUACAAAGACGAAGAAUGUUCCAUGCUGUGUUACACUCUCAGAUCAAUCAACCCAUCCCGAGACCCCAUUUUGCCAAUGGUUUUUCCCAUUAAGAUGGGGAUGGUGCCCAAGUUGCUUACAGAUACCAGUUCCAGUGUCAGCAGCGACGAUUACAGUGAACCUUUGCAGUACUGUGAUGAUGAACUCUGUCUCGUAAGCAUAUCCAAUCGAGGGAUAGUCAUCAGCCUUAUCGCACCCCCGACCUCUUUGGAUGGACCAUCCUCCUCGAAGAACGCCGUACUGUUUGAUAUGUUCGAGGGAAGGGACCAGAUUUCUUGGAGUUUUUGUGCAGCCUCAGGACGACUUGUUGUUGUGGACGAUGAUAUUAUCCGCAUUAUGGACUUUCUCGUCCCGCCCCCAUCCUAG